UCAGCCAAGCGGAAUAUGCUCUCCUCUCAUUCCUCGCGCGCACACUUCACCUGACUGCUCUGUCUUUUUCAUUUCAUCCCAGAGCGUCUUUUUGCGUGUUGAGUUUCUUCACCUGACGCGCUGUCCGCUUUCCUUUUGGACCCGUUUGGAUUUAACGCAUUUUAAAUUAUUCACCUGUAUCAGGACCUCCGGAGCUCCGUGCCCUGGAGACUCGAUGCGAGCCGACAUGGCGCGCUUCUUUCUGCCGUUUGUCCUGAUGUUGCUGUGUGUGCAGCCGACUCUCUCCUCCGGAGUCUUUGAGCUGAAAAUCAACUCCUUCUCCAGCUCGCGGGGAGUUUGUGGCUUCCAGACCCGGGAUUGCCAGAUAUUUUUCCGGGUUUGCCUCAAACACUCGCAGGACGUUAUCAACCCGGAGCCCCCGUGCACGUACGGGACCGCGCUCACGGACAUCUUCGGCGCGGACUCCAAAUCCAUCUCCAGUAGCGCGCCCAUCAGGGUGCUUUUUCACUUCAAAUGGCCGGGGACUUUCUCUCUGAUCAUUGAAGCCUGGAACGCAGAGUCUUCAGGUAUUGAGUCUACAGACAACCAGAACAAUCUGAUCAGCCGCCUGGCGACCCGCCGCAGACUCACCGUUGGAGAGGAGUGGUCCCAGGACGUGGACUUCAGUAACAAGAGCGAGCUCCGGUACUCCUACCACGUGCUCUGUAACGAACACUACCACGGGGAGGAGUGCUCUGCCUACUGCCGCCCGCGCAACGACACCUUCGGCCACUACACCUGCGACGAGACGGGGAACCGGGUCUGUCUGGAGGGAUGGACCGGAGAGUACUGCGCCCAUCCCAUCUGUGUGGCGGGAUGCAGUGAUGAACAUGGUUUAUGUGAAUCCCCCGGAGAGUGUGUGUGUCGGCAGGGCUGGCAGGGGCCGCGCUGUGACGAGUGUGCCCGACACCCCGGAUGUCUGCAUGGCACCUGCCAGCAGUCGUGGCAAUGCAACUGCAAGGAGGGGUGGGGGGGCCUGUACUGCGACCAAGGUGUGUACAAAGACCCCAAAACACACACACAUACAUCUGUUUCUACCACUUUCAGCAUGUAGUGUCCAGACUGACACAACAACAGUCUACUAAUGUUACAUGAUGUGUCUUCGGCCGCUGGCAGCAAAGUCUCUUAAAGUUUCCUUCAAGCUUGUUUACAUUUCAAUAUCAGAGCAAAAGUAAACACAUCUUUACUCAAGUAGAAGUACAGAUACUCGUGUUAAAACAAAAGUACUGACUAAACUUCUUUACUCAAGUGAAAGUAAAGAGGCUUUGAAAUGUACUUCAGUAAAAAGUACCCAUAACUACCAUCUGUUUUAAAGAGUAACUGACCUCGCUUUAUAUUAACCUGUUUUUUUUUUGUUUUUUUUUCACGAAACAGCGUCUGAGGGCUUCUUAACAUUUAACAACCUAUUAAUGUGUCAUACCCACUUAACGGGAAGAAACUCAGCUAACUGACGAUAUGAACCAUUUUUCCAGAAACAAAACACAACUAUAACGCCAAGCGUCUGAAUUAGCGCUAUGCGAAAGAGUGCUAACGCACUUAGCACAUAACUCAUGGUCGAAAUAUUUUAUACUUCAUCGGAUCUGCACAAACAAGAUAUCAUAUGAAAGCUGAGAUUCCACAGAUUCCAAUGGUAUAAGUAUCAUCACUGUGCGAUCAGGGGCAGCGAAGGCAAAACCAGACAACACACAACUUAGCUUUACGGGGCCAAAACGGCAAAUACGUCUUACCUCGUCUGUUUUCUGAUCAAAAGUUGUGUUCAAUGGCAUUAAAACGCAAAAAACGCUGCUGAACGUUAAUCCA